AUAGCCGCCAUCAUAUUCUAGUUUUAUUCUUCUUCUCUAAAUUCGUGACAUUGAAGAAAUGAUUCAAUUUGUAUUUGUUGCUUCUUUUUGUAUAAUAGCAACUAUCCUAAUCAUUAUUCAAUUAGCCUUUUCAAAGCUUACAACUUCCAUUAACAACACCAAAGAGAAACGCCGAAUUCAAUUAUUGCAGGAACUAGGUCAUCCUACUUUGACUAAUGUUAAGAGGCCUUUAAUUUUAGGCUUCUUUCAUCCUUAUUGUAAUGCAGGCGGGGGAGGAGAACGUGUUCUUUGGACAGCUAUUCGAGGUGUUCAUAAAAAAUAUCCUCAUGUUGUUUGCGUCGUAUACACAGGAGAUUUAGAAGCCACAAAGGAACAAAUCAUUCAGAAAGUUAAGAAUAACUUUAACAUCGAAUUGGAUCCUCAUAGACUUACGUUUAUUUAUUUAACCAAAAGAUACCUUGUCGAAGACUCCAGAUAUCCUCGAUUUACAUUGAUUCUUCAGAGUUUAGCAUCAAUUAUUAUUGGAUAUGAAGCUAUUAGUAAACUUGUACCAGAUGUCUUUUUUGACACAAUGGGUUAUGCAUUUACUUACCCACUCGUUCAUUACCUGACAAAAGUUAGAAUUGUAACCUAUACACAUUACCCUACAAUUAGUUCUGAUAUGGUCAAUCGAGUAUAUGAAAGAAGGGCUGCACACAAUAACGACGCAAAAUUAGCCUCAAGUAUUAUUUGGAGUACUGGAAAACUUUUUUAUUAUCGUAUGUUUGCACGAAUCUAUGGUUAUUGUGGUUCAUUUGCAGAAAUUGUAAUGGUUAACUCAACAUGGACAAAAGGACAUAUUGAUCAACUAUGGCGUACAAAAUCAGUUAUUGUUUAUCCUCCAUGUGAUACUGAAUCCCUUUGUAAAUUGCCUUUAAAAGGACGCCAAUCAAAAAUUGUUAGUGUAGCUCAGUUCAGACCAGAAAAAGAUCAUUUAUUACAAUUAACAUCAUUUGCUAAACUUAUUGAAAAAUAUCCCGAAUGGAAGACAAAAUCAUUAGAACUUGUUUUAAUUGGAAGUUCUAGAAAUGAAGGUGAUGCUAUGAGAAUUGAUUGUUUAAAAAAACAAGCAAAUGAGUUGGGAAUUAAGGAUUUUGUUCGAUUUGAAGUGAAUGCACCCUAUAGCGUCUUGGUAUCCAAUUUAGGAAUGGCUAAAAUUGGUCUACAUACUAUGUGGAAUGAACACUUUGGUAUUGGUGUAGUGGAAUAUAUGGCUGCUGGAUUAAUUCCAGUGGCUCACAAAUCGGGAGGGCCCAAGUUAGAUAUUGUAACCGAAUAUGAAGGAAAGAGAACAGGCUUUUUAGCAGAUUCUACAGAUACAUUUGCAGAUUGCUUAAACGAAGCAUUAUCUCUUUCUGAGGAAGAGUAUGUAGAAAUUGCAUCUAAUGCUCGUAUGUCUGCUUCUCAUAAAUUUUCUGAAGAUGCUUUUAAUUCUGCUUUGUUGACUUGUUUACGCCCAUGUUUAGAUCAAUAAAAAAUGACUUUUACAAAAUAUA